CACUCAAACAUGCAUAUGCCAACGUAUAGGGGAGCAGUCGUAAAGUCUGGCAACCUCGUUGUCCAUUCCUCUCACCAGCAGCGACUUUUAGUCAAAUGAGUCAGGCAGAUAUGCACAAACACGUCUCUCGGAUCAUCAUUCCGUUCGCGAAGAACGAACCCAAAUCCAUCCAGGGGCCGCUCCACUCUUUCAGCUUGUUUUGAUCCUGCCCGGCCCCACCCCCGCAAUCGCAUCAUGGGGCCCAGCAAAACGUCGUUCGGGACCAACCGCAACUCGAUUUAAUUUUCCAACUUCAACAACACUUAAAGAGACGCCGGAUUGUCCCUUCGGUUCCUGGACGACUCGUAUCUGAAGAUUCUUCCCAGGUUUUACUGUCGAGGAUCCUGACUAUACAUACAACAACAACUACAUUUACUUCUCUAUCACUUCACACAACCAGUCAGUCCAACAUGCACAUCCUCAUAGUCAACGACGACGGGCCUCCCUCCGCCCACUCGUCCCCCUACGUCCACUCCCUCGUCCGCGGGCUGCAAGCCGCAGGCCACACCGUCUCCGUCUGCCUUCCGCACACCCAACGCUCCUGGAUCGGCAAAGCCCACAUGAUCGGCCAAACCGUCAAGCCGCUCUACUACCGCCCGCCGCCCGCCUCUUCCCCGGCCGCCGGCCUGACCACCGCUCUCGUCCCUUCUUCUUCCGACUCCGACUCCUCUGAGCAAACCGUCAACGUAACCGAUCACGGCUCCGUCCACCUCCGCCCCUCCACCGUGCCGGGAACAGAAGAAUGGAUCCUCGUCGACGGCACGCCCGCCUCGUGCGUGCAAAUCGGGCUCUACCACUUCUUCCAAGACCGCGGGCCCGUUGACCUUGUCGUGUCCGGCCCCAACUACGGGCGCAACACCACGGCUGUGUUCGCCUUGUCGUCGGGAACUCUCGGUGGCGCGCUGGAAGCGGCCGUGUGCAAGCGUCGCGCCAUUGCGCUGUCUUAUGCCUUUUUCAACCGCAACCACGACCCGGCCAUCAUCACCAAGGCGAGCCGGCAGUCGGUGCGCGUGAUUGAGGCGUUGUGGAAGCAGUGGCCGACGGAUGGAUCGGUGGAUCUGUACAGUGUCAAUGUCCCGCUGUUGGAGGGGCUGGAGGAGGGUAAAGUGCUGUACACGCCCAUGUUGCAGAAUUAUUGGGGGGCGGGCAGCUGUUUUGAGGAGGUGGAAGGGUCGGUGGAUGGCGAGGAGGUGGAUGAGGAACGGAUCAGAGAGGGCGGGGGCGCCGAUGCCGAGACGGGGGAUGGUGGUGGUGGUCUGGAUGUGGGUGAUGGUAAGAGGGACGGAAGGGAAGGGUUGCAUACCCAUAAGCACUUUAAGUGGAGUCCGAGGUUUACGGAUGUUUACAGGAGUGUGGAGGAGGCGCCGCCGGGGAAUGAUGGGUGGGCGGUCAAGGAGGGGCAUACCAGUGUCACCCCGCUCAAAGCCAACUUCUGGAAUACGGCCGAGAAUCUGCACGGCAAAGAGUUGCAGCUGCCUCCUCUUGAGACACCCUCAGCUACCAAGACCAAGUCGACGACCACCCUCCCCAUCCGGAAUUCCACCACCACCAACUCCAAAGACCACCUCUACGCCCUGAUCGACUACCAAGAUGCCUACGUCCAACCACUCAUCCUCUCCGCCAUCGAGAAACUCCUCCCCUCUUCGUCAUACACCCUCCUCCCGUCGCCUUUCACACCCGAAAACAAGGAACCCGAGAUCCAUCUCUCUACCCUUCUUCCCUCUACCGACGUCAAAGUCCUCCAAAUCACCCCGUACGAAACAAUCGACUUCGACCACGCCAUGUCCCACCCCGCCACCACCCUCAUCAACUCCUACAUCAUCCGCAAAGCCCUGAUCCGCAAGCACUUUCUGUCGUCCACCGUCGAGAACUGGGUCGCCAAACACCCUACCUCCGCAUUGAAGACGCACGUGAAGAGGGCUGAAGCCUUCGAAGUCGAUUACGCCGAGUUUCUGGACGAUUCUUUGGUGGAAGCAUUCGACCUGCGCGCGAGCAUGGAGAAGAACGACCAGCUCAUUGCCGAGGGUAAAGAAAAGGAAGUAGAAUGGUGGAUUCUGAAACCAAGCAUGAGUGACCGCGGACAAGGAAUUCGAUUGUUCAGCACGAUGGAAGAGCUCCAAUCCAUCUUUGACAGCUGGGAAGUCGAAUCCGAUUCUGAUUCCGAUUCCGAAGACGACGACGAAACUACCCAAAAAGACGACGACUCCGACGCCGGAAACGGAAACGGAAUCAACACCUCCCACCUCCGCCACUUCAUCGCCCAACCCUACAUCCACCCACCCCUCUUGCUGCCCGAACUCUCAAACCGCAAGUUCCAUAUCAGGGUGUACGUCCUCGCCAUCGGCGCCCUCAAAGUCUACGUCUACAAGGACAUGCUCGCUUUAUUCGCCGGCGUUCCCUACACGUCCCCCUUUUCCCCCACUUCCUCUUCCACCUCCUUUGACCCCGACUCCAACCCCGACUCCGAAGAAGCAGAAGAAGCAAAAGAACUCGACCUCUCAGCCCACCUAACCAACACCUGUCUCCAAACCUACCUCUCUCCCAACGCAGCCGAAAACUCCGUCCACCGCUUCUGGGACUUACCUUCCCUUUCCCCGAACAAUUUCCCGCAAUCUAAAGCAGAAAAUAUCUGGGACCAGAUCUGUGAAGUCACGGGUGACUUGUUUGAAGCGGCAGCGAGGGGAAUGAUGAUUCAUUUCCAGCCGAUGGAACAGGCGUUUGAAGUGUAUGGACUGGAUUUCUUGGUGGAUGCGGAUGAUGAGAGUGGAAGAAACACGGCGUGGUUGUUGGAGGUUAAUGCUUUUCCAGACUUUAAGCAGACGGGCGAGUUGAAGGGGGUUGUGGGUGGGUUCUGGGAGGGGGUGGUGAGGGAGGCUGUUGGGGGGUUUGUUGGGGUGAAGAAGGCGGAUGGUGUUGAAGACGAGAAGAUGAGGCUGGUUAGGGAGGUGGAUUUGGGGAGGAGAUGGUAGGUUUGAGGUGGAAGAGGCGAUGGUAAUAUCAGAACGAAGACCACUUCAAGUCAUGUAUGUGCUUGUGUGUCCAUGGUAAGUUUAUAAAUGUACGAUUUGGGGGUAAGGAUAGAAAAAAGUUAUUUGCUUGUACGUAUGUCAUCAACCGUUGGCUACAUCAAUUUGCCGAAGCUUAAUCUUGUGAUGUCCGCUGAACAAACACAACAACAAAGGUUACCAGGCAAUACAAUCCUCUCGCCGUCUCUUGAUGCCUUUCUAUCCCAUUCUUGCGCCAUCAGUUCCUUGACCCUCCGCCUUUUCCUUCUCCAACAAAUCAUAAUCCGCAACCGGAUCCCUCUCCAAGUCCAACGCCCAAUUUACCGCCUUCCAAAUCUUGUCUUUCAUCUCCAUACUAAUAUCCGCCUGUGGCUUCCUCGGCAAAAACAGUUCCAUCCCCUUAUGCCCCGCCGUCGCCAUUGGAUACCUCCGCGUCGUCCCCGUCCCCUUCACCACCCCGGC